GGCAGAGGCCGCCGCCAGCCGGUGGGGAGGAUGUUGAAGGCUAAGGCUCGCGCGUCUCAGCCGGCUCGAGCCCGCGGCCUCACCUACUUGGGGACACUGUGGCAGGAGAAGCGCUGGCUCCUGUUCAAGCCGCAGUUCACGCUGCCGGUGGCCGCCUGCCUCUGGUUGGCUGAGAUCUGUGUAAACCUCUGGGUCAUCCGCAAAGUGCCCUACACAGAAAUUGACUGGAGAGCUUAUAUGGAUGAAGUGGAAGGUGUGAUUAAUGGAACGUAUGACUACGCACAGUUGAAAGGUGACACAGGACCUCUUGUUUAUCCCGCUGGAUUUGUUUAUAUCUUUGCGGUGCUAUAUUACAUCACAGAUCAUGGAGUAAACAUCCACCUUGGACAGUACAUUUUUGCUAUCUUCUACCUCAUUACCCUGCUGCUGGUCUUCAGGAUUUAUAAUCAUACAAAAAAGGUUCCACCAUUUGUAUUUUUCUUCAUGUGCUGUGCCUCCUAUCGGAUCCACUCUAUCUUCGUCCUUCGCCUUUUUAACGAUCCCGUUGCCAUGAUGAUCCUCUAUACAGCUGUGAACCUCUUUUUGAGCAAUCGCUGGUCACUAGGCUGCUGUUUCUUUAGUUUAGCUGUUUCGGUAAAAAUGAACAUCUUGCUGUUCGCUCCAGGACUGUUGUUCCUUCUCAUCUCUGAGUUUGGAUUGAUAAAGACCAUCCCAAAGCUUGGCAUCUGUGCUGUGUUGCAGGUAAUUUUGGGUUUGCCUUUCCUGAUGGAGAAUCCAGUCGGGUAUGUGGUGAGAGCGUUUGACCUUGGCCGCCAGUUUCUGUUUAAGUGGACAGUGAACUGGCGAUUCCUGCCUGAAGAGAUCUUCCUGAAUCGUUACUUCCACCUCACACUAUUGGUGGCACACCUGAGCAUCUUGAUUCUCUUUGCUGUUUACAGAUGGAACAAAUCUGAAGAACAAAUGUUUUCACUUCUGAAGUCUCCAGAAGAGAGAAAAAUCCAGCACCAAACUGUGACAGCAGAUCAAAUUAUUUUUGUUCUGUUUACCUCAAAUUUCGUUGGAAUCUGUUUCAGUCGAUCACUACACUAUCAGUUCUAUGUAUGGUACUUUCAUACUCUGCCGUACCUCUUGUGGAGCACACAUGUGAAAAAACUUGCUCAUCUUCUCAAAGUACUUAUUCUGGGAUUAAUUGAGCUUUCCUGGAACACCUACCCAUCAACUGUGUACAGUUCAAUUUCACUCCAUGUCUGCCACAUGAUUAUUUUACUGUCACUUUGGUAUGGUCAUGCAGAACCUGAGAAGAGUGCACCAACCAAUGGCUCUGAUGGAGCUAAAAAGAAAAACUGAUUUUUUUGGACUUGAAAAUUACCAAAGUCAACAACAAUUUCAGAAUUUAAUAUAGCUGGGGGAGAAAUUAAGAGAAUGAAACUGUUGUAUGACCAAAUGGUAUGUUACAGAUUUAAGAUCUUAUGUUCGUUACAGAUGCCAAAACAAUUUGUAUGAGUUGGACAUCUGCAGUUUUGGUUUCCUUUGGAUGUCAUUUUGCACUUGCCAGCUGCAUCCUAUCUUUCUCCAUCCUCACCAUCCUUCAGGGUUUGGUUUACCAAGGAAUUAUUUUUGCUGAGAAGUAGGCAGAUCUAUUGCCCUUUGAGAAUGAACGCAGAAUAAAACACUGAUACCGGAUGGAACCGAUCAAUGCUAGUCAAUAGUAGUAGCUUUUGACUCGUCAUCACCCAUGUGACUUCCCCACUUCUUUUUUUAACUUGUCUUUGUCUUUCAAUUCCUCAGCAAAUGUGUUUUAGUUGUAAAAUAAGUGUCUUUACUUUUAAGAAUUUAGUUUUUAAAGAUCAAAGUCUUUAGUUAAAGAGUAGCUUAAUUAAUGUGUAAUUUUAAAGACAUUUUUAUAACUGUGUUUAUAGAAAGUUUUAGAAUCAGUCUUCAGUUAAAUUAUGGGCAUAAAUGGGAGAGUAUUAAACAUCCAAUUAACAGCAGGAUGGGGAUUGUACCAGCAUAAAGAGAGCCACAAACUGAGUUUGUAAAUGUUUUGUUACUUGCACUAGAUUUCCAUAUGUUGCCUCCCUUGAGUUAAAGGGUGAGGGUUGUUCUUAUAUUUGUGCUGUGUGGUUUAAGAGUCCUAUAAAAGUGAGCUACAACCUGGGCAAAUUACAUUCAAGCUAUUGAGAGUAAGUCAUGUGUUAGUGUUCAUUUUUCAAGCAUACAUUAUGAGAAUAGCACCUGUAUAAGUGGCAAAGAUUUCUCUCAUAAAUAAUGUUUGGGUUUCAUAUGAUAAGGCUUGUCUUUAUAUAGUGUGUGCUCAAAUUUUGCUAAAUGAAGUAGUCAUUAAGUUUGUAAGCAUGGCGAAAUAGUUUCAUUAAGAAACUUUCAAUGAUAAUUUCAGAGGAGGUUUGCUGCUUUGUCUCAUGAGGAAAGAUUAAACAGGCUGGGCUUAUUUUAACCGGAGUCUCAAAGUGAAAGAUGACUCAAUUGAAGCUUACAAAAUUCUGAAUGCUCUUGACAAGGUGAACCUUUAAAUUAAAUUAAAGAACCGCAGAUACUGUAGAUCUGAGGCAAAAAUAAAAAUUGCUGGAGAAACUCAGUAAGUCUGACAGGAAGAAAGCAAAGUUAAUGCUUCAAGUCCAGUGACUCUUCAUCAGAAAAUUUGAUGAACUUCUGUUCAAUUUCUCUUUUUGUUGUGAAUCUGGAAAGGAUGUUUCAUCUUGUGUUUGAGUUAAGAAUGAGAGGACAUUGGUUUAAAAAUAGAGAUUGUACUUUUAGGACAGGUAUGAGGGGAAUAUUUUCUGAUGUUUGUGUGACUUUGGAACUCUGAAAGCAGAGUCAUUAAAUAUGUUUAAGGUAGAGGCAAAUAGAUUCUUGUUAGGUAUUGGAAUCGAAGUUUCUUGUGAGCAGAUAGGAAUGUGUAAUUUGUAAAUAACUAGAUGAGCCAUUAUCUUCUUGAAUGGCCUAGCGGGCUUGAAGGGCUGUAUGACCUACUUCUGUAUAUUUCCAUGUGACCAAACCUCUACUGCUUUCUGUGGAAAAGAAUUCUACUCAUUAACAGUGCUAUGGGCGAAAAAAUUAUUCUCAUCUCCAUCUUACAAGGAAAACCUCUUAUUCUUAAACUUGGGCAGGAUCUUAUAUUUCCUAACAAAGCAAAGCUUAUUGCUGUUGCCUGUGAAGUAAGACAUACUGAAUUCUAGCAAACUCCCUGUUCAGGGUUUCAGUUCCCAUCACACUGCAGUGUUACUGAAACUUCUUCCAGAAAUUCCCUCUGUAAAACUAGAAUUAUGUCAUCCAGAUUUUCAACAACCAAUCAUUUUUAAGGGUUUUAGUAGACAUCAACAGGAAAUAAAAAGCAUUAGAUCAAAAUAACCUUUAAAUAAUUUUGCUCUGAGCAAAGUUAAGAUAAAACAUACUUUGAGAAAAUUCUAAAAUAUUUAAAAUAUUUAGUUUAAAACAUUUACUAAUUAAUCAUUUAACAGCACUGCACAAUAAGUUAGGGCUAGUUCUUUGUUCACCAAAUGUUAUUAUUCACCUAGCCACACCUAAUUGAACAAAGAGUAACCUUUUCUAAGGUGUUACAGACUGAACUGUGGGUGCAGAAAGUCAAAAUGGUCACUAAUUUCAAUCUUGGCUGGUUCUGGGGAUGGGACCACAGCAAAACCUAUGGUGGAACACUGGAAGACACCCACUUCACCAUUUCUGUGCAUGUCAUGGUUUUAAAGGAGUAAUUACUGAACUGUUAACAGUACAGAAAUGGGGAAUUCAGCCCAUCGUGCCUGCAACAGCUUGUUAAACAAGCAUUGAUACGUAGUGCCAACCUCAUGCUUUAUUUUCCCCAUGCUCUUGCAUUUUUUUAAUCCUAAUAAUCAUCCAGUGCCCUUUUGAAUCUCUCAGUUGAACAAUGUAAUGCUAGCAAAUGUCCUUCCUCUGUUGCUCAACCCAAAUCUCGGAACACCUUUCCUUACAGCAUUGAGGGUGUCCCUAUGUCCCAAAGACUGCAGCAGUUCAGAAAGGCAGCUGAAAAACCACCUUCAUUAGGGUAGUUAAAGACACGCAGAAAAUUAGCAUUACCCACGUCCCGUCAACAAAUUUUAAAAAGCUGACGGUUUAGCAUUAACACUCUGCUCAGUCAAUAACUUAGUGCCAAAAACAAAUAUCAAAACAUCUUCACUAACUGUAAAAGAUGCUUUUCAUUUAGAGCAAAUUCACACAAGAUCAAUGCCCCUGUAUACAUUCCUUAAAUUCCCCUGAGACCUGGAGCAGACGCAACUUUCAAUGCACUCUUAAUAAACCUAUUCCUAAAAUUGAUGCCAGUUUUAAAGAAAAAACUAAUGUCUUUGUUUUCUUCUAAUUUGGGUACAUUUCUGAUUUGCACGAAACCACCAAAUGAAAUGUAAUGAUCUUUGGACAAAUAGAUUGUGUUUUGUAAGCAUCACUGUACUAAUCAACAGGCAUCAUUGAUUGACCAUUUUCAUUUACUUUGUUCUUGAGCUUUGAAACAUCUCCAUUUGAGUCUUAAUUACACAGUCUAUGAAGUGUUUGUCAAAAUAUAAUCAUGCAAACAGAUUUUUAUUUCUUAAUUUCUGAAAAGAAUGUCUGUAAUUUAUUCAUAUUCUAUGUAGGCAAAAAUUAGGGUCUUACUUUUCAAAAGAAUUUGUUUUCUGUUGCCUGUGUCUUUACUGCAGCAAAGCUGAAAGCAAGAAAAUAAACUUUUAGGAAA